UAACAAUAACCUCACUUUUUGGUAUCGUGAUACCGAUAAUGUUUUUUCGUUUUUCAUUUAAAAUUUGUGAUUUCUAACUACUCUAACGAUGGUUUAUUAUUUUGAAAGUGAUGUUGUUUCGCCUCCAAUUACACUGUUCAUGGGAUUCGACAAAAACGAAAAUGAGGAUCUCAUUAAAUGGGGUUGGCCUGAGGACGUUUGGUUCCAUGUUGACAAAGUUUCUUCAGCCCACGUAUAUCUCAGGCUAGGACAAGGACAGACUAUAGAUGACAUUCCUAGCAAUGUCUUAGAAGAUGCUGCACAACUGGUGAAAGCCAACAGUAUCAUGGGGAACAAAAUGAAUGAUGUGGAUAUUGUGUACACAAUGUGGGCCAAUUUGAAGAAGACCCCUGGCAUGGAAGUGGGACAAGUAGGCUUCCACAAGGAGAAGGAUGUGAGGAAAAUGCGGGUGGCCAAAAGAAUAAAUGAGAUCAUGAAUAGGCUGAAUAAAACUAAGAGAGAAGAACAUCCAGACUUCAGGGCUGAAAGAGAGAAGAGAGAUAGGCUAGAGAGGGAUGACAAGAAAAAGUUGCUUAGGGAGAAGAAGAGGAAAGAAGAGGAGGUGGAAAAAAAGAGGAAAGAGGAGGCUGAACUUCGAAGUUAUAAUUCCCUGAUGAGUGGAGAGAACAUGUCAAAAUAUGAUGAUGGCAAUGAUUCAGAUGAGUUUAUGUAAGCAUACCAAAUCUUCCACCUUUUUUUAGGUGGACGUCCACCUAAAUGACAUCGUUCCAAACAUUUCAAUGCUGUUUUUUUUUUAUCAAAAUCAUGUAAAUAUCUUGAAAAAUAUAACAUUUAUUAUUAUUAGUAGCAAUU